CGCUCCCGCACGGCCGGCCGGGGCCGCCCCGCUCCCGCCUCCGCAGCAGAGGCCGAGGGCAGCGGCGGAGCGCCGGGCGCCAUGGUGCUGCUGGUGGUGAUGGGCGUCAGCGGCUCCGGGAAGAGCACGGUCGGGUCGCGGCUGGCAGAGAAGUUGGGAUGGAAAUUCUAUGAUGCAGACGAUUACCAUCCUCUAGAGAAUAAGAAGAAAAUGGAACAAGGGAUACCACUAAAUGAUGAGGACAGGAUUCCUUGGCUUUGUGCAUUGCAUGAUAUACUAAGGAGAGAAGACACAUCUAGACAAGAUACAAUUCUGGCUUGUUCUGCACUGAAGAAGAUGUACAGGCGUGUGUUAAUUGGUGGAACAUCUGCAAUUGAAAGCAACCAGACAGAGCAACCAGGAGACAACCCAGCACUGAAGAUCCUCUUUGUUCAUUUGGAUGGACCUAAGGACAUCAUUGCUGGGCGCCUGAAGAAGCGGAAAGGUCAUUUUAUGCCACUAGAACUUCUCCAGUCUCAGUUUGAUACUCUAGAGCCACCCAGUGCACCAGAAAACUUCAUUACUGUCAGUAUAGAAAAAUCUCUCCCAGAAAUACUGCUACAGAUUGAGAGUGCCAUUCUUCAGGGUGAGGCUUUGCCAGAGUAAUUUUCUGAAUGACACAUACAGAAAUUCCCUGAAGGAUAGCAAGGCUAUGAGACAGGAUUUUAAUUAUUAAAUUGAUUAUUAAAUCAAACCAACUUAUUUUUAAGAGCUGGUUUACUACUCAUUUUUUUAAUCAUGGCUCUGUAAGACAUACAAGAUGUAAUUUGCAAAAACUGUUAACUUUUCAAGCCCUUCACUCUCCUUUUAGUAAGAACCUGCUUUUGAGGAUCCUGGCAAAGAUCACACAGAACAAUUUAUUUUCUAAAUUUUAAUAUUUACUCUGUCAGACACUGAGAUGGGCAUAUCUGCUAUUACAAGAUUAAAUAACUUACAGCUUUCUUAAAAAUAACACCAUUUUCCUAGAAGAGGCAGGAACAUGCAUGAUGAAGUUCCAUACAUGACACUAUUCCUGUCUCACUGCUGGAUUUUCAUCAAGUUGUAGGUUCUGUGUUUGUAUCCUUGUUGACCUCACCAGAGCACUUAUGACUACAUGAGAACUUUCCUGAUCUCUUACUGUAUGCAUUGGCCACCAAGCUGAAAAAUGUGAGAAAAGAAAAAGGUAGUGGUGACGAUGCAAUAUACAAAAUUUAAUUGAAUGAAAAGCUUUAGAAAUACAGCUUAAGUGGCAUCAUACUGACUCUGAACUUAGAGCUUUCAUGUACAAAUGUACACACUGCAGCCAAGUGUGAGUCAACCAGUGAUUUAAGGUAUUGAAUGCAAGGUUGAGAGACAUCUCCUUAUUUUUGAAAACUUUUUACAGUUGGACCUUUUCCUUCACUUCCCAGUGCUGGUGGGUACCUCAGUGCAUGUCAAUGCAAUUGCUUUAAAGCUUUUGAUCAAACUAUUCCUAAUAUGUAUUUUUCUCAUCUUCUUUGAUGAAGAUUAGAAGAAAAUUCCAAAUACCCAAUCAGUCACUUAGCUCAGAGAAUUUAAAGUCCUUUUUUACCACCAAGGUAUUUUUCAAAAAGUACUUCAUGUCAUGUCAUGCCUUUUCAGCUUAAUGUUAUAAAAACUCCAGAUAGUUUCUGAAGUUUUUAUUAGUCAGAAAGAUUUGAGUCUUGUCCAAAUGGAGACAUCUCCAUGUGCUGUCACACAUGGAUUAUUUUUAUUGUGUCAUGCUUUUUUUUUUUUUUUUUUUUUUUUUUUUUUUGGUUUUUUUUUUUUUUUUUUUUUUUUUUUUUUUUUUUUUUAUCCCUGGGGUAUAGAUGAACUCUCGUAGAAGAGUACCUCAUGUUCAAAAGCAUCUUUAGGGCAAUUUUUACCUGGGUAAGUAGUUGAAAAACAUUAGUCAUGGUUCUCACUAUGAAAAUAGUAAGGGCUUUGUGGUUUAAUAGACAAACUACUGUGCUUAAAUUAGUGCAAUAAAUGGGCGUUAUCUUACUGAAAGCAGCAAUUUUUAGACACUGAGUUGGGAUUUUAGGCAUUAACCUACCCAGACAUGGUGUGUUCCUGUGACCUGAAGCGAGAAUACCAAGCAGUUACCAGUUUCAGUCUACUGCAGGGUGCAAGCUGAAGAUAUAGAAGCAAAGUUAAGUAAGUGCAAGAGACAGGGAUGUCUGUAUGCUUAAUACCCUCAAAUUUCAGAGACCCCUUCAGAUCAAGUGACUUGUCAGACCUGUACAAAUUUUGUAGCUAUGAAAAUCACAGAUACAGCACCCUCCUGUGACACCUCUGCUGUUAAUGAGGUCUUCAUCUUUUCCAAUACACCAUUUUACAAACAGUUGACUAAUGUACCCAUUAAAAAAUACAUACAAUAAAUACAAUACACAAUAAAGCCAGAACAGGACACUCUACAGCAGUUGCAUCCUGUCACACACAGAUACAAACAGACCUUCAAUUAUUUUUUUUUUAAGUGUGAGUUCUGAGAAGACCAAACUAAUUUUCAGACCCACUUGUCCGCACUUACAGAAUACUCUCAAAGUGGUUUCACCACUUUCACCACCAACAAAAUAAUUGUACUCAGCAGUUAAAAAUAAUUCUCCUUCAGAGAGUCUUAUGUAAGUAGCUUGGAUUUUGGAAGGCUUCUAAAACAAAGUUCAUACUUACAGGCAGUUCAGCUUCUUCAAAUCAGGUCAGGGUAUUUCUUAGUCUUUGUUCCUAUGUUGGGAAUAUUUCCUUCCCUUACCCUUUUAAUAGAUUUACAUUUUGCUUUUACUUAAAAGAUGCUGCAAAGAAGGUUGUUGUCAACCUAAUCAGUUGCUUGUUACCUGCUAUUCUGAAAGAUAACAAAGCAUUUUUUCUGUUCAGUUAUGUUCUGUGCAUUACAAAUUAAUAGAUUUAACAUGAAUUAUUGCAUUACUAAGCACAUAAAACUACUCUCAGAUUUUAUCAAGCUGUGCAUGUGUGCAGUGGAAGAAAAAGGGAGCAGAACAAUACCUGCCCAAACACAACAUUUACAUUCUACAACAUUUAAUUUACUUGAGUUUGGUUUCAUUUGGUCUUUUUGUUAUGAGGGAAUAUUUUUUGGGUUUUAUGUUGUUUUUAAACUAACACCACUAUUCUAGGGAUGUCAUAUUCACGUUAGUUGGGCAGGCUAUUAAUAUUUAGCACAGCUUAUCUGGAUGCCAGUGCUCUGUGUGUAUUUUGAAAUGUAUUUAGGAAAUGCAGCAAAAACCAAGAAGGAAACACCUGGAGUUAGAAAUUGCUUUCUCUAUCUCUAAGCACAAAAUAUCUAUGCAAGAUACAUGCACUAUACAUCCUCAUGACUUUAUGCUAAGCACAAUUAGUAGCAUGCUGUGUAAAUACUGUACCUACUACAGCAUAAACAUUUUUCAGUGCUAAAAUGAGGAAAUAAAAAUGAAAUGCUAUCAAUCCCAAA